CGGAGCUGCCCUGCAUCCCAGGCGCGCCUGCUCAGUAUCUGCCCCGAGUCAGCAGCACCCCUCUGGGGGUGACUGGCUUUCCUCGCGGCCCCUCUCCAUGAGAAGCGAAAGGCGGUCGCUGCUCGCGCCCUCCCGCGCUCUCGCCGAGGUCGCGGUGCUGGUGAGGUCCGAGGCGCGGGCGCCCUUUGGCCCGCGCGGCGGUGUCUACGCGGGAUCUGCCUCGCUCGCUGCUUUCUACAGAGAAUGCGGGAGUCUUUAUGCAAAUAAUGGGACUAGGUACAAAUUGAAGGAGGUGCGAUGAUGUUUAAAGGAAACUGAUGCACAAGAUGACAAGAUUAAAGCCUCACGAACAUAUUGCCACUGCUGGAUGCCUGGGGCCUUUGGGAAACCUGGUGGUAUAAGAGGAACUCAACCAGCUGCGGAUGUUCCCUGGAGCCAGAGCUGACUGACGCAGAGUCUCCUUAAUUCUCAAUGUGCCAUCCUGCCUUCCAAGAUGCCUUUGUAUGUCACAUAAAUGCAGUCUGUCAGCUUUUCAAGCAGCGACAGAGGGAAGACUGGAGAGAAGAUCGCUGGCGUUUGCAGUCUAGAAGAUUGCCCCUAAUGAGGAAGAGUCUCUGAUUGUCGUUUGAAAUGCUGAGGAAUCUGUUACGAAGGAGACUUUUUUCUUAUCCCACUAAAUACUAUUUUAUGAUUCUUGUUUUAUCCUUAGUUACGUUCACUGUCUUAAGAAUUUGUCACAAACUUGAAUUUGUAAGCCUCAGACACUUGGAACUUGUUGGAGAGAAUCCUAGUAGUAACAUAAAUUGCACCAAAAUUUUACAGGGUGAUGCAGAUGAAAUUCAGAAAACAAAGCUUGAAAUGCUAACAGCACAAUUUAGAAAACGCCCUCGGUGGACACCAUCAGACUACAUCAACAUGACCAGGGACUGCCCCUCUUUCAUCAAGAUGCGCAAAUAUAUUGUAGAACCCCUUAGUAAAGAGGAGGCAGGCUUCCCGAUUGCAUAUUCCAUAGUGGUUCAUCACAAAAUUGAAAUGCUUGACAGGCUUCUAAGGGCCAUUUAUAUGCCUCAGAAUUUCUAUUGCAUCCAUGUGGACAGAAAGUCAGAGGACUCCUUCGUAGCCGCAGUGAAGGGCAUCGCAUCCUGUUUCAGGAAUGUCUUUGUGGCCAGUCAGUUGGAGAGCGUGGUCUAUGCAUCAUGGAGCCGGGUGCAGGCUGACCUCAACUGCAUGAAGGACCUCUACAGAAUGAGUGCAGGCUGGAAGUACUUGAUCAAUCUUUGUGGGAUGGAUUUUCCUAUUAAAACCAACCUGGAAAUGGUCAGGAAGCUCAAGUCCUUCAUGGGAGAAAACAGUCUAGAAACAGAGAAGAUGCCAUCCCAUAAAGCAGAAAGGUGGAAAAGGCGUUAUGUAGUCAUCGAUGGGAAGGUGACAGACACAGGGACCCCCAAAACGCAGUCUCCACUCAAAACACCUAUUUUCUCAGGGAGUGCCUAUUUUGUGGUCAGCAGGGGGUAUGUGGGCUACGUGCUAGAAAACGAAGAUAUCCAAAAGUUCAUGGAGUGGGCACAGGACACCUACAGCCCAGACGAGUACCUCUGGGCCACAGUACAGAGGGUCCCUGAGGCCCCAGGUUCUCUGCCCUUGAGCCACAAGUAUGACCUAUCUGACAUGCAGGCUGUUGCCAGGUUUGUCAAGUGGCAGUACCUCGAAGGGGACGUUAAUGAGGGUGCACCCUACCCCCCCUGCGAUGGUACCCAUGUGCGCAGCGUGUGCAUUUUUGGAGCUGGUGACUUGACCUGGAUGCUGCGCAAACACCACUUCUUUGCCAAUAAGUUUGACAUGGAUGUGGACCUCUUCGCUAUCCAGUGUUUGGACGAGCAUCUGAGGCAUAAAGCUCUGGAAGCCUUAGAACACUGACCACUGCAGGCAACCUGAGGAACAAGCUGUACCCCUCCCUGCCUCCUUUGCCCUGCAGCAAGCAUCAGAACCACAAGGGAUCUUCUCUGCAAUGAGGACUCAGGUCUUCCUUCUGCCAAGCACAGAUGGUUAGAAAUGUGAUAAGGGUAUGCGGUCACCCCUGGUCAGCAGGAAGGAGUACUGAGGGUGACUGGGAGCCCAGUGGAGGAGGUAGUAAGGUACCUGAGAGGGCUGGGUGGCUAGAGAGGAGGACCACGUAGGAAUCAACCUCAGGGACUGGUAAAAAACAAAAACAAAACAAAACAAAACAAAACAAAAAAAAAACCUCAGGGAUUUAACACAGUAAGUUUUGACUCGUGCCAAAAUUACUUUGAGAAUUUUAAAUAUGACAGUUUUCAUGAUCUGAAUAAAUUUAUAGCAACAAACCA